AUAUUUUACCAUUUUUAAGGCUGAUUUUCUAAAGCAUUGAAUCAUUGGGAGUUGAAGGUCCUGAGAAUGGCAGCCACAUGGUUACUUGUGAUGGUCGUUGCUGGACUGUCCCUGUUUCACGCAAAUGAAGCUGAUCCAGAUGUUCAAGAACACCUAGGGAGUCAGUUUGUACAUGCUGCUUUAAACGAAGCCAUUGAAACGGUGGACAGAGCUUAUCGGGCAACCAGAGACUUGCAUAAGGAGCGGCUGCGCAAAAAAUCACUAAGUUCAGUUGACCUACUACGCAUGUUCAAACAGCCAUACGCCAAUACCAGGGCUAUCAUAAAAUCUGCGGAGUACAUGAAUACUGCGCUGGGCCUGGUCGUACACCAUGUCCAUCGAAUUCAUAAACGCUCACUCAACGCAUCAGAUGCGUUAUCACCGAUGGACCUGGACACCAUUGCACGCGUCACGGGCUGUCAGGCCAGCCGUCAGCCUCCAAUGUGCAAAGAUGACUGUUGGUUAAACCGAUACAGGACCUUCACCUCCAUAUGCAACAACAGGAAGUAUCCGCGUCAGGGAUCCUCCAACAUUCCGCUUGUCCGCUGGCUUCCUGCUCGUUAUGAGGAUGGGAUUUCAAUUCCUUUGGGUUGGACUCCAAAGAAACUAAUUUCUGGACAUCCUCUGCCAUUGGCCCGAACGGUCUCCAACAUAAUAUUGAAAGUAUCUAAUGAGAAUGUGGUUUCGGAUGAAGACUCCAGUCAUAUACUUAUGCAGUGGGGACAGUGGAUGGAUCAUGAUAUGAGUUUAAGCCCUUUGUCUGGCAGUAUCCAAACCUACAGUGGUGGCAUUGACUGUGAACGUUCUUGUGUUCAGAGAAAUCCUUGUUUUCCAAUUAAGAUACCUCCCGGCGACCCCAAGUUCACAAAUUAUGAAACAUGCAUGCCCUUCUUCCGAUCAGCUCCUGCUUGUGGCACUGGUCAACUUGGCUCAAUCUUUGGAGAUGUGAACACUCGUCAGCAAAUAAAUUCCCUCACCAGUUACAUUGAUGUCAAUGAAGUCUACGGCAGCAGCGACUGUCUGGCCAACAAGCUCAGAAACCUGACCAGUGAAGAUGGUCUGAUGAAGGUGAACCAGGAAUACUCUGACAAUGGACGCGAACAUCUACCAUUUAACUCCAUUUCAAGUAACCUUUGUGGCAUCAUGGGGGAAGCCUGUGCCUCCGGUCCAAAUGGUACUCCAUGUUUUAUUGCUGGUGAUGUACGUGUGAAUGAACAGUUGGCACUGACGGCUUUUCACACAAUGUUUCUACGUGAGCAUAAUCGCAUCGCGAGAGAGCUGAAGAAACUGAACCCACACUGGAGUGGAGAGACCGUGUAUCUUGAAGCGAGAAAAAUUCUAGGAGCUUUUCAACAGAUAAUAAAUUUCGAAGAAUAUCUUCCCCGGAUAAUUGGACAACAAGGAAUAAAGAAAUUUAUCUCAGAAUACGAUGGUUAUGAUGACACUGUCGAUUCCAGUAUCGCUAAUGUUUUUACAUCAGGUUUCCGUUUCGGACACACCACUAUUCAGCCUUUCAUAUUUCGCCUUGCUGAAAACUACAAUGAUCAUCCGCAGUUCCCAAGUAUCCUCCUGCACCAGACUUUCUUCACUCCCUGGAGACUAUUAAAGGAAGGUGGAGUCGAUCCAAUUAUUCGAGGAUUGGUGGGUCGUCGCGCAAAACUGCAGGUACCGACCAAGUUGUUAAAUGAUGAACUGCGGGAGAAAUUGUUUGAGGUGACCUCACAUUUAGCACUGGACCUGGGUGCACUAAAUCUGCAGCGUUCUCGUGAUCAUGGACUAGCAGGUUACAAUGCAUGGCGCAAGUUCUGUGGACUUUCACAACCAAAAAGCCCGCUCCAACUUGCUCGUGUUCUCAAAGAUGCCAGCCUAGCAAAGAAAUUCUUCAAACUCUAUGGAACUCCGGAUAAUAUUGACUUGUGGGUGGGGGCCAUCUCUGAACCCCGCGUAGAAGGUGCAAAGGUCGGCCCUUUGUUAGUCUGCUUGUUAGGACAGCAAUUUGCGAAACUGAGAAAUGGAGACAGCCACUGGUGGGAAAAUAGAGGAGUAUUUACCAUUAGUCAGCGCCAGUCUCUUCCUGAAAUCUCCCUGGCCAGGAUCAUCUGCGAUAACACUGGCAUACAGCUUGUUCCUCGGGAUCCCUUUAGAUUCCAGUCCUUUCCAAAAGGAUUUGUAAACUGCACCGAGAUACCAGCGGUAGACCUGAGUGCCUGGAGGGAGGAUCCACAAGUGACUCCGUGCGGCAAGGUCCCCGUUGUGGCUCAUGCCCAUUUCUCGAUCUGUCAAUCCUCGGUCAGGUACACGUGUACAUCUGGAUUUGUGCUUGUGGGAGGGGAUACGAUAGCAUGUCUAAGCAACGGACAGUGGAAGCCUGCACCUCCCAGCUGUAUAGUUGAUGCAGACCCAGUGUGGAGUGAAGCUACAGGUCCGAAAGGAGAGAAAGGUGAACCUGGGGCAUUGGGACCUUCAGGAUCGAUACACCAACAAGUUCAAAAGUCUGCCUUUUCUGUGAAUUUUACAAGAAAUGGUUUGAAACCAAAUAUGCCGAGUCAAUGUGCAAGUGAGAUCUACAAUGGCCAGAGUCAUUUCAGUUGUCAAACAGGAAAGUUUACUUGUCGUAUAUCUGGGGCGUAUCAAUUUUCAUAUUAUUGUUCAACGAGGAACCAAGUAACUGUGUUUCUUAAAAAAAAUGGGAUUACAGUGAUUACUUCAAAGGACUUUGAUAGACAAUCAUUAAAUAAUUUAUCAGGAGGUACCAUCCUUCAACUAGCUGUGAAUGAUAAUGUUUGGAUAGAAACUGACCCGACAGCAAGAGGCAUUAUAAAUUCCUGUUAUUUUCAGGGGCAUUUAAUCUUUACAGUUUAAUAACUUUCCUUUAUUCCCAGACAAAUAUCAUGACUUUUACCAGUCAAAUGUCAAAAUAAUAUUUUUUUGGUUUAUUUUUGAACUGGGUUAUCUGGAGCCACUAAUGCCACUAAUUGAAUAUUAUCAAAACAAAGCUGGCAUAUGUGCUGUGCCACUGAUACAUUGAUUCAUUUACAGGUCUGAUCUCAAAUGUAACUGCUAUUGGAAAUUUGGUUUAUGUUCUCUUCUGUCUGUAGCCCCAACCUUCACCCAGAUUCUACCUCGAGGCAAUUUGUGUUUCACUGUACCUUAAUUGGCACACGUGACAAUAAACUGACCUUUGAAUCUUUGAACCUUUACCUCUCUGUUCCCCAGAAAUACUUUCUGCCCAUCAUUCUCUAUACCCCGCAACUUUCAGUUCCUAGUGCUCACUGCCUUCUCCUCCCCCACUCUAGACCUCCAAAUAAGAACAGAGACGAGGAACCCCUUUUUCUCAUAGAGCGUUGUGAGUGUGUGGAAUUCUCUGCCUCAGAGGGUGGUGGAGGCAGGUUAUCUGGAUGC